UGCAGGAGAGCAGAGGAGCGUCACCGUCGUCUCUCCUGGACGCGUUCAGGCUCAUCUCACUUUGAUUUUUUUUCUGCGCUGUUUGGAGCUGGUUAAAACCCAACAGGAGAAGGUUUCUCUCAGCCAUGCAGAAGGUGGAGGGACGGGUCACUCCGGUCAACCUGUCCUCUUCCCGCGGUCCGAGCACGCCGGGGUCGCCCGCCACCGCCAUCGUGGCGCGUGUCAACGACCAGGUGGUGGGCUACAGAGACCUCGCCGCUCUGCCCCGGGACAAAGCCAUCCUGCAGGUGGAGAGACCCGACCUGAUGACCUACCAACCUCACCUGACCUUCUCCCCCCUGGACCCUCCCCGCAGAGAGAGAUCUCUGUCUCCGCCCGCCUCCUCACCCACCAGGUCUCCUGAGGUAAAAGCACGCAGAGCAGAGAGUGACAGCGGUUCUCCUGGAGGAUCAACGCUGCAGCUGCAGGCGACACGAAAGAUCAGCAGCAGCCAGCAGCACUUCCACAGACCAGACGAUGGACUGAACAUCUACAGGAAACCUCCCAUCUACAAACAGGAUGUAAACAAACACAUGGAGACGGUGAUCAAGUCUGCUAAGUUUCCUGCUGCUCAGCCUCCAGACCCGAACCAACCGUCCAAGAUAGAGACCGAGUACUGGCCCUGCCCCCCCUCACUGGCUGCCAUGGAGAUCGAGUGGAGGAAGAAGAAGGAGCUGCAGGAGGAAGACGAGUUUGAGGAUCUGAGCGGCGAGGCGGAGACACUGCAGGAGAACGAGCUGGAGAAGAUCCAGUCCAACCUGGGCCGCCUGAUCCUGAAGGAGGAGAAGGAGAAAGCCAUCAGCUUCCGCAGGAAGACCCAGUCCCUGCCCGACAGAACCCACAUGACCCCCAGUUUGUCAGCGAGUGCGUCCAAGUCUCCGUCCCACUCAGGACCUGGUCUGACCCGAAUGCAGUCUGCAGAGUUCUCCUCAGAGAGAGGACAGCAGACAGCUGCUCAGGUAAGAAUCCGUCUGCAACACGAACAUCCGAAGAACGGAGAAGCUCGCAGGGAGAGGAUGGACAGAGGAAACUCUCUGCCGAGUAUCCUCGAACAGAAGAUUUAUCCAUAUGAAGCUCUGAUUGUGACCCACAGAGGGCGCUGCAAGCUGCCGCCAGGAGUUGACCGCACCCGCCUGGAGAGACACCUGUCUCCAGAGGACUUCCUGCAGCUCUUCGGGAUGCCGAUGGCCGAGUUCGACCGUCUGUCGCUAUGGAGACGAAAUGAACUGAAGAAGAAAGCCUCGCUUUUCUAACAGGAAGUGACCUCAUCCGCCUCCUGAUGACACCUGAUGACAGGAAACAUCAACAAACAUCCAACUAACCAAUCACGUCCCUGGAUCUGAGGACGGGAGGCGGGGCCUGAUUAACCCUUUAUACUCUGACUAACCUUACUGAUGCACUGACACUCAGACAUGUUACCUGUGCUGCACUUAUACUCACACUGCUUGCAAACAUCAUGUGACCACUCUGCAUCUUCAUCUUCAUCUUCAUCAUCUUCAUCACGCGUUGGUGUCCGGAGGUCUUCAUCAGCUCGCCGUCAGCAGGUAACGGCCUUUAACUCACCUGGUGUCAUGAAGCUCAAGUUCACCUUUAACUGCACCACUUCUGACCAAUCAGAGUGCUGGAAAUACUCAAUAAAAUCCAAUCAUUCCUACAGGAGCCUGACAGGGACAAAAGUCACAAGUUUAUAAUAACGUGACGUUUUUAAUAUCUAACAACGAUUACUGCCACGAUUCGUCCGACUAACGAGACGACGACAGAUUUAACUCAAGUCAGAAACUCUCUGAUGAACCAGACUCGUUCAGAAAACCAUCAUUUUAACAGCAGUGUUCUUGAUCUUCAGACCUGACAAAGCUUCAAUUCAGACUUUUAAUAAAUCAGGUUGGUGUUUUAGUUAUUUCUGCAUCAUUUAGAUCAGUUUAUUUACAUUAUGUCACAGAUAAAUCUCUUUAUUUUAGCUUCAUACGGCCCAUUUUAGCUUGUUGAGCUCCUCAUUCUGUCUGAAUUAUGGACCUAAAAUACUUGAAGACAAAAGAAAAUUAUCUAUUCUUUGCACCACCAACUAACAAACUGCAUCUCUAAAGGCUCAUUAUCUUAUUCAUUUUGACAGCAGUGUUCUUGUGUUCUUUAGACCUGACAAAGCAUCAAUUCAGCCUCAUGUUGGAGUUAUUUCAGCACCUUUAGAUCCGUUUAUUCACAUUAAAUCACAGAUAAUUCUCUGUUUUGGCUUCAGACUGACUAAUGCAUAAAACCCCAUAAAAUUGUCAAAAUAUCACAAAAGCAUCCCUUAAUUUAAACCUUAAAUCAUCUUUAUUUUUCUAUUAACUUUGAUUUGUGUUUCAGACUCUUGAAAACUCCUUAAACUGAUCAAUAAUCCAUAAAAACUGUCUAAUAAUGAUAUGCAUUGAUUUAUAACUCUGCUGCACCAGACUCCAUUCAGAAAACAGUCAUUUUUAAAGAUGAUCAUCUAAAAAAUAUUAUGCAACCAAAAAACAAAUACCAAACUCUGCAAUCAAAACAAAACGUUUCAUUGCAAGUCAAAAACUGGAUUGAUGCAAACCUAAAACUUUUGUUUGCACAAAAGUUUUGCUUUUGAAUCAAACGUUUUAACAAGUAGAAACUGACAGAUCUGCAACAUUUUAAAUCACAAAUUUAUUUUACUUGCAAUAAAACAGUUUUUAUUUUUUAAGACACAAAACUGACCUAGUAAUAUGAGCUCUGGGUUUAUUUUGUGUCUUUUUAUGCAAAGAAAGAUUUGAGAGCAAAACUAUAAUAAACCUGCAAUUCAAUUAUAAUUGUUUUUGAGUUCAAGAAGGUGAAAACCAAAGAUUAAUUUAUUUUUAAAAAUAUUUUUAUUAUUAUUCAUGCAUUUGUAAUUAAAAAUGUUCUUAGAAUCCAUAAGUAUUCUUUACAAAAUUAUACUUUAUUUGCAAAUCCACAUUUUUUUGUUUGCAGAUCAAAACAUUUUUUGUAACAAAAAAGAAAAUCACUAAUUAAUUUGACUUGCAAUAAAAAUAUUUUUUGGUUGCAGUUUGGAAACUUAUUUAACUUAUUAUUUAUCAAUAAAUUAACAGUAAAAUGUCAGAUUUUGUGCCUUGUUUGCAACUCGACAAACUUUCAGGAUCAUUCAUUUUCAAACUUUUUUCGUUGUUUCUGAAAGUCAAUUAAUUUAAACUUCAACAAACAGCGAAGACAAAAAAUGUUUUUAAAAAUUCUGCAGAUUAAAUUUAAAAAAAGCGAACAAGCGAAUGUUUCUGCAGCUUCGUCUCAUUUUAUUGUUUUUAUUUGGAGCUGAGAAUCUCAUUAAUAAAUCCAUAAUUGAGCUUCAUGACAUCACAAAGCUGCUGAGACCUCCGGCGUCACACAAACACCUUUCAGAUUGAAAAUUAUUUAUUAUGUGGAACUUUUUUAUUUAUUUCAGGAUUGUAAUUAUUUUUACUGUGAGAUACUGUUUGUUUGUUUGUUUAUCUGGUUUAAGGAGCAGUCCGUCCGUUCUUCACGCUCGUCUCGUUUCUGUUUCUGUCGUUCGAUGUAAAGGAUCAAAAUAAAGAGAUGAAACGCU